CAACGUUCAUCUUCUUCUCCCCUUCUUUUCCUUCUCCAAAAACACAAACACAAACACAGAAGUCACGAAAGGUGCUGCUUUCUGACUUUGAUUGGAGGGACUCCUGGGGGUGGUUUGCCUAAUUCCUACCAGCAACUAAGUAGUGGGGGCAAAUAAACACUCUAAGGAGAGUGAUCAAAAUCACGCCUUCAAUCCGUUGUUUCCCUGACAAUCUUAGAGUGUUUAUUUUCGUGUGACAAUGGAUUCUGGAGUGGAGAGCACUUUGAAGGCGUAUGCCUCUGAUUCCAACAAGAGAAGAUGAAGUUUCUGUUGACUACUUUGAAGAUCGUGUACAUAUUGGAUCCUGAUUUGGUGCCGCUAGAAGAACCACAAGACACUGACUCUGAUGAAUUGAAGGCUGAGCGCAAGAAGAGGAAUGAUGAUAGCCUGUUGUGCCGAGGAUACAUCCUCAAUUCACUCUCUGAUCGUCUCUACGAUCUGUAUUCCCAGUUGGCGACCCCUACUGAAAUUUGGACAUCUUUGGAGAACCAGUACAAAUCAGAGAAACAAGGCGCAGAUAAGUUUGUCACAUUCCAGUUCUUUGAAUUUAACAUGACUGAUAAGCGUUCAAUUCUGGAUCAAGUUCAUGAAUUCCUAAUCUUGGCCUCUAAGUUCACUGCGUUGAAGAUAACACUUCCUGAUGCGUUUCUGGUGGGGGCAAUUAUUGCGAAGUUGCCUCCAUCAUGGAACAACUAUAGGAAGAAAUUACUUCAUACGUCAGAGGAGUUCACUUUGAACUAGAUACAGAAGCACCUUAGGAUCGAGGAGGAAACUCGUAUCCGUGACAAGGAUAUGAAUUCGGGGCACAAACACAGAAGUCACGAAAGGUGCUGCUUUCUGACUUUGAUUGGAGGGUGAUCAAACACAGAAGGCACAAAAUUAUACCAAAUCAUCACCAUCUCACCCCCCACCAUAGGCGUCUCUGGAAUUCCACCACAGGCAAUUCCAAUAAGUUUUUUAUUGUGUCUACGUGAUUGGAAUCUCUCCAUGUCAUCACCAUCUCGUCUCCAUCGCAGUUGAUGCUCCUGCGAGCCGAUUCUUCCUUUGGGCCGCGACGUGCUCAACAGCAACAGUCGGGAGCUCGCCGGGAAAUCGGGGGUGGCCGAGGGAAGGGUGGCCGGCUGUAGGCGUCGUUGUCAUCGAGUUGGUCGUCGGGGGUGUCCAAGGAGAGGGGCUGGUGUAGGCGGCUGGCGAGAAUAGUGCGACGGAGUGGUGGAGGCGGUUGCGGUUGGUUUGGGUGGAGGGAGGGAAAGGUUGGAAAAGAAAAUAUGUUUAUCACACCCUACCAUACUCUUAAACAUUUUUCAUUUGGUAGCAAUUAAUAAACCUGUUAAAUUGAUCGCAUUGAGGAACAAUUAAUAAAAUCAACACACGUAGGUUUAUCACAAGAACUAAUAGACGAUCAGUUUAUUCUAUUUAUGAAUGGACAUUAAUUAGAGAGAGUUAGCGUAUGAGUUUUAUAAACUUAUAUAUGUAAGUACAUAUAUAUGUGUGUGGCAUGGCUGCAACAAUGCAACAACUCACACAUCCCUUUAUACAGAGAGAUCAUAUACCAAAACAUAAGCUAACGGGAACAUUAAGUUCAACAAAUAAAUCGAAAGGAAUUGAAAGUACGUGCGUGACAAUAUACAAUGGCUACAAAGAUGAGGAGUUCACAUUCAGCGACGACUGCAACCUUCACGAUACUAUUGAUCAUGCUCGUCGCGUUCCUCCACAUUCCACUCUCGAUGUCCCGACUUCUCGAUGAGGACCCAGAGGCUGACUAUAUGACUCCAAUCAGUGACCAUGAUCUGAAAACUAGCCCACAACUUAUGAAAAUGGCUGAGUAUGCUGUGACGGAGAACAAUAAAAAAGCCCCUAAAUCGGAGACAUUAAAGUUCGCGAGUCUGGACAGAGGAUAUUAUCUUAUGGAAGAUGGUGCAGACGCGAUAAUAUUUGAUAUAUACAUUACCGUCUCGUCCGCUAACCUUGGCCAAAUCAAAUACAAGGCGGAGAUCCAU